AUGGGGGAACCUAUGGACUACAGACAAGAGAGCAACCCACCACCGCUUUUUAGCACAAACCAGAGGAUGCACGAGUAUUUGAAAGAUCUUCCCGAAAUGCUCAAGACCGGGAAAUAUUCUGACUUGACCAUCGUCUGCGGCAACAACCGGUAUCGAGUUCACAGGAACAUCAUUUGCACUCGAUCUAAAUUCUUUGACGUCUCGUGCGAUAGUGGAUUUAAGGAAUCAAAUGGGGAGAUAAUGCUCCCGGACGAUGAUCCCGCCGCGGUACAAAAGAUGAUUGGAUAUAUAUACAACAUCGAAUACACCCCCGAAACAACACAAAUGCAGGAACACGAUGACGAUGUUGAGGCAGAGCUUUCAGAUACAGACUACGAUGCUAGCGAACGUUAUCGUAUGAAGCUUUUCGGGGCAGAAUUCGUCGAACGAAAGAGAAUUAAACAGCUCAAAGAGCGUAAAUGGGCAAGCUGGAAGAUCGAAGAACCUAUAUCGUCAUCGCAGCUAAACCUGCAUGCAAAGGUUUACGCGCUGGGGGAGAAGUACAGAAUAGAAGGCCUGAAGAAGGAGUCCAAGAGGAAAUUUGAGAGUGAAAUCCAAAGCGGCAACGUUGGGGUCGAUGACUUUGCGGAGGCGGUGGAGGAGGUGUAUACUUCGACAGUCAGCGAAGAUAGGGGCUUGAGGGAUGUGGUUGUCAAGAUGAUUGAGCAGGAUAUCUUGCUGUUGGAUCAUGUGGUGGUGCGGGAGGUCAUGCGGGCUACUGACUUCGCGUUGGACGUUUUGUUGUACAUGUCACAGGGAAUGAGGAGUCAGGAAAGGUUUAAAUAUUCAAAGCAGACUUCCUCCACUCUCACUCUUCGAAUCAUCCUGCACGUAGCCCAUUACCAAAUCAUAGGCCAAGCCCUCUUCCUUCAAGAACCUCUUCAAAUCCUCCCUCUCGAAAAGAGUCGUCUUCGGCUUCAGCAUUCUAACAAUUGCAUCACGCAUCGGACGAUCGCCUUUGGUAGUGCAGCCGUAUGCUUCCUACAACACUUGGAUGAAGUCCUCAAAGUAAUUGACGCAGUUAUUCCUGAACUCAUCUUCACCCUCGGUUUUGAAUAUAUGACCAGCUAG